AUGAAUGUGCCUAUGUGCAUGAAUGUGCCUAUGUGCAUGAAUGUGCCUAUGUGCAUGAAUGUGCCUAUGUGCAUGAAUGUGCCUAUGUGCAUGAAUGUGCCUAUGUGCAUGAAUGUGCCUAUGUGCAUGAAUGUGCCUAUGUGCAUGAAUGUGCCUAUGUGCAUGAAUGUGCCUAUGUGCAUGAAUGUGCCUAUGUGCAUGAAUGUGCCUAUGUGCAUGAAUGUGCCUAUGUGCAUGAAUGUGCCUAUGUGCAUGAAUGUGCCUAUGUGCAUGAAUGUGCCUAUGUGCAUGAAUGUGCCUAUGUGCAUGAAUGUGCCUAUGCCUGAAUGCCUGGGUCCGGAGUAUUUCCGGCUCUUGCUGCAGAGCAACUGUGGCGUCAGCGUGCUGGACUUCGUCCCUCACUACAAGCCACACGCCCACAGUCACACUUCUGACGAAGCCGUCCCUCCGUACAAGGCGCACGACUACAGUCACACUCACAGCGAGGCUGGGGGGGGCGUGCCUGUGGAUGCUGCUGCUGCAGCACAAGCAGGGGCGGAGGGAGAGGAGUAUUUGCUUCCAUAUGUGUGCCUUAACAGGCUCAACCAGACGCCCGCACCGCCCGUGAUGACAGGAGGGGCUUCAGGCGGAAGGAAAGCCAAGGCGAGAGUGAUCCUGGUGUGCCACGGCGACACCAACAGCUCGGCGCAGCGCCGCUUCCCCCAGUCCCCGUUUGAGCUGCUGAGCAUGCUAGGCGUGGUGCAGGCGCGCAAGACAGCCGAGCUUCUUCUCGACGUGCGCGUCGACACCAUCUUCUGCUCGCCGCUGCCCCGCGCGGUGCGCACGGCCGAGGCGCAGGUGGAGGUGCAGGAGGCAGCGGAGUGCCUGGGCGCCGACUGUGUGCCGCGCUUUGUGGAAGUGGUGAAUGUGGAGGAGUUGAGAGAGCUGGAGGCUGUGCGCACAGCAGAGGCGGUGGUGGAGGUGCAGGAGGCAGCAGAGUGCCUGGGCGCUGACUGUGUGCCGCGGCUUGUGGAAGUGGUGAAUGUGGAGGAGUUGAGAGAGCUGGAGUACGGCACAUGGCAGGGAGCAAUGAUGGCAGAGGUAUCAGCACACGAACGCUGGGAGGAUCAAAUCAAAUCUUCCCCGCCGCCCAGAGGAGAAUCCUUGCCGUCCUUGUGGGACCGCGCUGAGAAGGCAUGGACUGUCAUUCGCCGCCACCUGGCAGAAGUGGAGCGUGCCACAUCAGCAAGUGCAGGUGCUGACGUGGCAGCAGCAGGGCCAGGAAGUCCCCCUAUUGAGCGAUCCGAAACUGUUAUUGUGGUGGGCCAUGAAACAGUGUUUCAAGCAAUGCUUGCUUCCUGCCUGAAGCUUCCUCACGAUGCUCUGGGAAGCUUCCGCCUCGACCCUGGGAGCAUCACUGUCGUCGAUUUCCCCGAUGGCGUUGGUGAGCCCAAGGAAAGUAGCGAGUCUGACAAUAAGGGGGACAGUGUAGCAGGAGCAGCAGCAGCAGGGCAGGGGAUUGCAGCAGGAGUGGUGGGGCAGGGUGUGGUGAGGUGUAUUAACUACACUGCUCACUUGGGAAGAUGGGCUGUGCCCGUUACCCUGCCUACUUCCAAUGACGAGGACUUUUAA